AUGGCGUCUAAACCGAUCUCUUACCGCGCUUAUCCGAUCCAAAUUGACCCUUUACCUUCAUCUCUGCGUGGCGAGCAAACUUCUGACGGGGAGAUUCAGGAAGAGCAGCGCGACGGCUUUCAAAAAGGCAGUGUCCGGAUUCGUGAUCAGUGGUCAUCAAUCCUGUGGUCUGAUCAGAAUUUGAUUAUAGUGGUUGGCGGUAUCUUUAGUUGGGCAUUUGUAUACGCGGACGGAGAUGAACUGGGAGAUGCCAAAGCAAACACGAGAGAAGAAGUGUUACCUGAGCUUAAUGAGAAAGAGGCGGAAGAACAGUCGAACGACGAUGAGUCUAAGGACAAGUUGACGGAAAAGCCGCCGUCUCCGAAAGAUAACUGGUGGGGGUGGAAAUUGAAGCCUCGCAACAGGGCUGCUCUCAAUGCCGAUCCAGAGAAGGGCGCCCCAGGCAAGAGAGAGGAGAGGAAAUUGGUUCUUAUUGGGCCUAUGUAUGCGGCGCUUGCUACUGCAUUGGCUGCUUCGCGUCGGAAGGAUUGGGCAUCUGACUGUCGCACCUCUGACGUCCGAUCCAAGUCCGAUCAAUGGUCUAUCCGGGAAGAGGUUGUGUCACUCAGUAACGGCCAGGUCGCCCAGUCUGAUUUAUACUUUUACGGCGCUACGUUUUCGACGAGCUCACCUAGCUCUCGGCAGAAGGCUGCACAAAUCGAUAAUAGCGACACGCCUUUUGCUAUCACCAUGGCUAUUACCUCGACGCCGGACAAGGCGGACGUGAGAACAUCGUGGAUGCUCAAAUACUUUAGGAGAACGACGACUGAAGGCGCUCGGGAUUAUAUGAGACGUAUUAACCCGUCGUAUUCGGCCUCGAUUCCCCGCUGGAUCACACCUCCGGGCAUCGAACUCCCUCGAGACCUCUUAAGAAUGUGA